GUUCCGUCAUGGCCCUGUGGAUGCGCCUUCUGCCCCUGCUGGCCCUGCUGGUCCUCUGGGAGCCCAAGCCUGGCCAGGCUUUUGUCAACCAGCACCUUUGUGGUUCCCACCUAGUGGAGGCACUCUACCUGGUCUGUGGGGAGCGUGGCUUCUUCUACACACCCAAGUCCCGGCGUGGAGUGGAGGAUCCACAAGUGGCACAGUUGGAGCUGGGUGGGGGCCCCGGAGCAGGUGACCUUCAGACCUUGGCGCUGGAGGUGGCCCAGCAGAAGCGAGGCAUUGUGGACCAGUGCUGCACCAGCAUCUGCUCACUCUACCAGCUGGAGAAUUACUGCAACUAGCCACCUCCCCGACCCAGGCCCCCUUCCUGCAAUGAAUAAAACCUCUGAAGGAGCACUACAA